AUGCAUCUUCCAUCGUUGCUUGUCGCGCUUGGCGUAUGCGGUGCCAUUGCGGCGCCCUUGGAGCAACAACAGCCGCUGCCUGGUAGUGCGCGACACCACGCAGGACCUAACAAGGUCUUCAACCCAUACAAGCCCGGCAACCGUGAUCCGUUUGACAAGAAGAUUGAUUCACAAGGCGACAAGCUUCAGCCACUACCAUACCGCAACGGUGACGGAGCAAGUGUACUGGGUCCUCGCAACCGCGCCCGUGAGCGACAAAACCCAGAUCUCGUCCGCCCACCCAGCACCGACCAUGGCGCGAUUCCCAACAUGCGCUGGUCCUUCGCCGACUCGCAUAUCCGUAUUGAAGAAGGUGGCUGGACGCGUGAGACGACGGUCCGCGAGCUGGGUACCAGCAAAGAGCUAGCCGGUGUCAACAUGCGCCUCGAAGAAGGCGUCAUUCGCGAACUUCAUUGGCACAAGGAAGCCGAAUGGGCCUACGUCCUCGAAGGCAAGGUCCGCAUCACUGCUCUUGACACUGAAGGCGGAUCCUUCGUCGACGACCUAGAGAAGGGUGACCUGUGGUACUUCCCUUCUGGGCACCCUCACUCCCUGCAAGGUCUCAGCCCCAAUGGAACCGAGUUUCUACUGGUCUUUGACGACGGCAACUUCUCUGAAGACUCUACCUUCUUGCUCACUGACUGGAUGAGGCUUACACCCAAGUCCGUCUUGGGUGAGAACUUCCGUGUUUCACCAGAAGUCUUCAAGGCCAUCCCUGAGAGUGAAAAGUACAUCUUCAAAGGCUCGGAGCCUGGUCCCAUCGAUGAUGAGGUUCCAAGUGGCAGCAAGGGGUACAAGAAGUCAAAGAUCCAAUUCACCCACAAGAUGCUUGCCCAGGAGCCUGUCAAUACAACCGGUGGCCAAGUCCGAAUCACCGACUCGACAAACUUCCCCAUCUCCAAGACCGUCGCUGCAGCACACUUGAACAUCCAACCUGGUGCAAUCCGUGAGAUGCACUGGCACCCCAACGCAGACGAGUGGUCCUUCUUCAUCAAAGGCCGCGCCCGAGUGACCAUUUUCGCCGCCAAAGGCACAGCGCGCACUUUCGACUUCCAAGCCGGCGAUGUGGGCGUCAUUCCUCGCAACAUGGGCCACUUCAUCGAAAACCUCUCUGACGAUGAAGACGUCGAGGUACUGGAAAUCUUCCGCACAGACAAGUACCAGGAUUUCAGCUUGUUCCAGUGGCUUGGUGAGACGCCGCAGAGGCUCGUCAAGGAGCACUUGUUUGCGAAUAGUCCCAAGGAGGCGGAGGAGUUUGAGAAAGCGAUUCGUGAUGCCGAGAGGGAUCCUAUCAAGGAUACUGAGGUGGACGAGGAGGAAAAGGAGGAGUUGUAG